ACGACUUUGAUACGUAAGCGAAGACUUUGGUUUCGCCGAGUCAUUGAAGCGUGGCCUCCAAGGAAGUUCAAUACUCUUUUCCUUUUCCUUUCCUCUUAGUAUUCAAACAUUUUUGUUUCUUAUUUAAUCCUCGAAACCUCCAACCUUUCUUCAAAUUAAACCAUUCUUCUUCUUCUUCUUCUUCAACCUUUCGAUUUCAAUAUGAUGAAAGUUGUGAUGAAAUUGGACUUACAUGAUGAUAAAGGGAAACAAAAGGCUUUAAAAUCUGUCUCUGUUGUUCAAGGAAUUGAAUCGAUCGCCAUGGACAUGAAGGACAAGAAGCUAACAGUAAUUGGGGAUGUGGAUCCAGUUGAUGUAGUUGAAAAGGUUCGAAAGCAUUGGCGGAACGCCGAUAUCGUCAGCGUCGGCCCGGCGAAAGAAGAGAAGAAGGCACCACCAAAAGAGACAAAGCCAAAGGAAAAGAGUGAAAGUGAAAAACUUGAAGAUCUUCUUAUAUGGUACAAAAGCCAUGGUUAUAUUCCUUAUGGAUCAGCUCCUAAUUACCGUGUGUAUAGUGUAGAGGAGAAUCCUAAUUCUUGUGUCAUUUCUUAGAUCAAUUAAAUAUGUUUGAUUCAACUCGUAUAUAAUAUAUGUAUUAAGCAUCCUAAUCACAAACAUUUUCAAGAUCAACUCCAUGAUAUAUGUAUGUUCAUACACAUAUAUGAGGUCUUGGAAACCUUAGAUCAUAUUAUUGUAUAAAGUUGGAUUUAAUUUGUGAUAAGGCUAUUUGAGCAGUACAAAAAGAGUUAGAAGAAGACAAAUCUUGAAAGGGUGAGUUGUCCUCAACAAAAAAGGAAAAAUGCAAAAACAUAUUUUAUAAAAUUAUGUGUUUGUGAUGUUUGUUAGUUC